UUUCGGUCUACUGAACAGUGACCAUGAUUAUUGUUGUCUUUAUUGUAUUUUCACUGCUUACGGAGAGUGCUGGUGCAUAUACAAUAGAAUCUCUCUUACCAGAAAAGCAUGUUUUAGUUGGACAAAGUGCUGUUAUCUCUUGCAAAUACAGUGGCAAUGGGCCCAGCUUUCAGUGGUAUCGCCAAUAUCCACGAUCCAGACCAGAGUACCUUAUUUUUAAUGCAGAGACUGCCGUUUCAUCCGAACCCACUUUACGACUCAAAGCGAUGGCUAAAAAAGAAAUCACAGAAGUGGAACUGGAGAUCUCCUCUACUGAAGUCAAAGACUCUGCUGUGUAUUACUGUGCCCUGGUGCCCACAGUGACAGGAAACCCUCCUGCUCUCGGUUUUGUAUACAGUCUUCAAUGGUAUCGGCAAUAUGUGGGAUCUAGAACGGAGUUCCUGAUACUUGUAAAUGAAAAUUCAGAGGCAUCUGAGCCUUCUCUUCGUCUGUCAGCAAAAGACUCAAAAGAGAAGAAACAAGUGAAUCUUACAAUCUCGUCUGCUGAAGUGACAGAUUCUGCUCUGUACUACUGUGCUCUGAGGCCCACAGUGACAGAAAGCCCAGAAGCACUGGUGGAGCUCCAGGCUUAA